UUUGAUCUAUUGUUCACAAAGACUAGGGGGCAUGUGACGAAGUCAGUGUCAUCGUGAAUGAUCCUGACUCCAACAAAUGUCUUAGAAGUGUGAACAACUUCUUGUUGGUCUGUCCUGCCAAAAGCGAUGUUCUGUCUCACUAUUCCAUGCGUAUCCAUGGAAGUGAAAGUUGCAUAUGAGAGCAAUAAAGUUAUAUAAGAGUAGCCUGCGACUACUGAUAUCAGCACGAUCAACAUUUCAGAAACACAACGACUUCACCAUGUGGGAUUUUUUCAAAAGCAGACAACAUAGCAAAGCCGGAUCGGUGAUACCGCACGAGCAAACUGAGGCCGCACACUUAUCUGAUGGCGAAGAACAACCACCCGAGACACCCGAAGAUUACACACCUCGGGAAAAUGCCUUUGACACGGCGCGUCGCCUACAUGGAAGUCUGCACAGAGACUCGGAUUCCUCCUAUUACUCGCGCGCUCAAGAUGAGCAAGGUGAGGAUGAUACAAAGCCUCUGCCGGCACUACCUCCUAGUCCAACAGACACAAUUCCUAACGCCAGUUAUUUGUUUUGGAGCUCCCAGCGCUCCGAAAUGUGGGCUAAUCAUGUUGCGAGCAUCUGGUGGCCUACGGUCAACCUGAAAGAUGGUAUAAGCAACAAAAAGGCCUUGCCUAGUCCAAUGGAUAUGCCAGAGCCAGAACCUCGAGUGGAGAAGUCCUUUGAGGAGAAGCCAGGAUACGAGGUCGACAUUAAGGCCAAGGUCAAGUCCAAUGCUACGAAGCUACCACGCGGGCCAAAAUUAACCUUGCAGAUACCCAGAUCCGAUUGCAAGCCAAUGCAGUUUCGCAUGUACAGACCAUGCAUCACAAACGAGGAGCGUGCCGAAUGGAAGGAGAACAUGUUUUGA